AUGAAGAAAUAAGAAUAACAUUUGAAUAAGCAAAUAGAAUUUGAAAUGCUUUCAAAAAGACUCAAAGGAUUUGAAAACAUGAUAAAAUCUAAAAAUUACGAAAUUUAUAUAAAAGGUAGAACUAAUUGUAUUAUAAGAAAUUAUAUUAAUGAAAUAUUCAAUUUUGAACAAAAACAUGAAAUUGGUAUAUGA